GGGGAGGGGGCGCGCAGCCCGAGCCCCGCCGCCGUGUCGCUCGGCCUGGGCGUGGCCGUGGUGUCGAGCCUGGUGAACGGGUCCACCUUCGUGCUGCAGAAGAAGGGCAUCGUGCGCGCCAAGCGGCGAGACCCAAUCGCUUUGCAGCCGUGCAGCCCACCGACCUGCCCUCUGGUUGGCGCCCAGGCGUCCCUGUCACCCGCACCCACCGGCUGCUAGGGAAAGCUUCCUGUUUGCAGUAUCCCCCGAAUGGUCGGAGCCCAGUGCCUGCUCAGAAGGAGCGACGGGCCUCCCGCCUUUGCUGUGACUCCAGCCUGGGGUGCACUUGGAGGGCAGGACCUGCUGACUUCUCGCCCCCUGCAGUGGCCACACCAGUGCAGAAGUACCUCCUAUUUAACAGACAUUGUGUGGUGGGCAGGAACAAUUGCAAUGGCUGUUGGCCAGAUUGGAAACUUCCUGGCUUACACGGCGGUCCCCACAGUCCUGGUGACUCCUCUUGGUGCCCUUGGAGUGCCAUUUGGGUCCAUUUUAGCUUCUUACCUUCUGAAAGAAAAGCUCAACAUCUUGGGCAAGUUGGGGUGUCUACUAAGCUGUGCGGGUUCUGUCGUGCUGAUUAUCCACUCCCCGAAAUCUGAGAGUGUGACCACUCAGGCCGAGCUGGAGGAGAAGCUGACCAACCCAGUGUUUGUGGGCUAUCUGUGCAUCGUGCUGCUGACGCUGCUGCUGCUUAUCUUCUGGAUCGCGCCGGCCCACGGGCCCACCAACAUCAUGGUCUACAUCAGCAUCUGCUCCUUGCUGGGGAGUUUCACCGUGCCUUCCACUAAGGGCAUUGGGCUGGCAGCCCAAGACAUCUUCCACAACAAUCCGUCUAGUCAGCGUGCCCUCUGCCUGUGCCUGGCGCUCCUGGCCGUGCUUGGCUGCAGCAUCAUCGUGCAGUUCAGUGGUUCUCCCACCCCUGCACCGUGCGGCGCGACGGAUCUUAGUUCCCUGACCAGGGAUCGAACCAGUGCCCGCUGCAGUGGAAGCUUGGAGUCUUAACCACUGGACCACCAGGGAAGUCCCAUGUGUACUGUUUUAUCUAAAUAGGAAGCUAUGCCAAGUUGAAAGAUGGGAUUGGGUAAGGUAGAUUUGGUGAUACCCAAUUAAAUAAUACCCAAUUAAGAUUACUAAGGAAUGUCAAUAGGAAAAAAAAAGUGUGUUUUCAGACAAAAAGAACAUUUCUAAAGACCUAAGGGAUAGUUCCCUAAAGUGUUGAACAAAGAGACUAAAUAAAAUGAGGCUAGUUUAACAUAGAGAAAAAAACACCUUUAUGAAUUAAAAGUACAUGUUAUGCUCAUGGGUUGUCAAGUGAUCUGUGAACUAACAGCAGCAAGAAUAUUUAAACAUUUUUAAAAAUCUUAUAGUAACUGAUAGUUAAUAAAUGCUCAAAAAAUCCAUUACUCUUUUUUUCAGCUCGUGAAGGUUUGUUUUUUAUCAUCAGUAUUUUUAGGAAUGCAGGCUUUAAUUUAUUGAACUGAAUUUUCUGAAAGUAUAAUUCAGGAGUAUAAAUAUACUUUUAGGCAUAAAAAUAGUUUCUAGGUAAGGAGUAUGAGAUAUUCAAAGAAUACAUGUGGCUAUACAAGUAUAGUGAGAAAGUCCAUGUGUCAUAUGGAAAUUACCAUUGUUUUGUUUACAGUUUACAUGUGAAGCUUAGUUUAUUUAAAUUCAUCUAUUGAUGUUCCUGAUUACAGUUAAUCCAUGAUUAUUCCAUAGAUACUUAGAGGUGAUAUUUUCUGGAUUAUCUCCCUAUGAUUUUUUUAGAGUAAAAUAGAAUCUCAAAGUAUUAAUAGUUUGUCUCCUCUUGAAGGUGAUAAGUUCCCCAACAGUUAGACUCUCCCAAGUUUACAUCUGUUCAGCAAAUUACCUUCGUAGGAUACACAAGUUUCCUUCCAGUGGAACACAGUUCAUACCAUCCAUUGUAUUCCAAAAGUGUGACUCUAGCCUGGAAGUAAUUGACAUGACCAGCAGUCUAACAGCCUAAUUUUCAAGUUUAACAUAGAGCGUUUAACAUCUGACUUAUAGUAUUUAUUUUACAAAUUCAUGUUUUUAUAAUUUGGAAUUACAAAAAAAUAUUUAAAGAGUAAAAGCUUUGAAGGGUAGGGCCCAGAAUGGGGAUAGGUCUUACACUGGUCUUUCCAAAAGUAAAUACAUAUAAAACAUUUUCAUUAUUAUGGUAUUCUUUGGGUUUUAUCUUCAAUUGAAGCAAGCCUCCUCUAAAAUCAUAUGUUUGUGAUCACAACUUGCAGACUUAGUCUGGAUAGAUACUUAAAUAGGCCAUUUCUCUCCUGUCUUACUUGGACAAUGCCUUGUUUUCUCAUCUGAAUCUUUGCAUUUAAAAAGAUCGCUUCCUGUUCUGCUCAGUGAUCAAGUGUAGGGCCUAUUAAGGAUUCUAACCCAAACCCAGCACGAAGACCACCCUGGGUGUUUUGCUGUUCUGCAGGACUGCUCCAACUCUGCAGAGAAGGAUCCGGAGAGAAGGGCAGUCUGCUCCCUGUCCCAUGGGUAGCAAGAACUGCCCACGGCUGGACCUUCAGGGGGAAUCAUCACUCAGAUGUCAUUAUGGUCUUUUCACAUUAGAAAGUUAGUGAAAUACACUUUGCUGCUCUUGGUUCAGCAAUAAGAAAUAUUCUUUCAAGUCCUACUUCUCAAGCCAAUUUGAUUUAUGCAGUUUUAUUUCCAGAGGUUCACUCCAGCUGUAGUAGAUUGGUCUUUGGGUUUUUCUUUGGGUGUCACGUCUGAUAGAAGAGAGCACUGUUGAAGUACGCAGUCACCUCUCACCUUCCUUCUUCCUCGACGGCUCAGCUCUCUGUAAAUACUGCACUCACUUCUAGAGGCCAGUUCCUAGACAUCCAUAAAGUGCUCAAGAUGCACUGUCUACAGGCGUGGAUGGGUCCACGGAGACUGAGGUGUUGAUCACAGGCCACUGUCGUGCUGCCUGAUUCUUGUUGGGAGAUGACACCUCUCCUUUCUAAGCUGCUCCACUAACCCAGAAGAGCAGCCUACAGAGCUAUGCCCAUCACUCUUCUUUGAUGCCUACUUGAUCCUGACUUAGACUUCCUGGGACUGAGUAGGAACUUGGAAAGAGAAGAAGCUUUAGUUUAGAUCUGUUCAUGACUGUCUGAUUGGCUUCAGUGGUCUGAAGAAGUUGUCCUUACUGUGUCUGACACCACGGAAGUAGUUCACCUAUCAAGCAGGAUUAGAUGGAAUCUUGGUGUUCCACCUUCUCAGGGACCAAAAACGUAACAUUAACUCCUUAGCAUUGACCUUCCUCCCAAGGACAUGUCUGUGUUAGUUUUUCAUAUGUUUUACUCAUAUUCAUAGCUAGAGGUCUGUUAGCUUGAGUUAGGAAGAGAAAAGAUCAGUUUGUACACCAGUCACACCAUAAAACAGUUUAUCAUAUAAAAUACCUCAACUAUAUGUAUUCCUCACUUCCGCCUCACAGUUGAACUGGUGAUGAAUUUUAAGGUGAUUUUUCACAUCUGGCCAGAUUCUUAUACCUCCAUCGUAUACUUGAAAAGAUUAAGAAUUUUAGGAAUGGGAAAAAGAAUUUGGCCCAAUAUCUACUCAUUUAUUUUCGUACACAUUUCUCACAUGCUAUUAAAUGCAACAAAGAAUUAUAUUUUAAGAAAAUGUAACUUUGUGUUACAUCAAAAACAUAUUGUCUAGUGAAAUGUUGAUAUUCAGUAGAACAAUGAUCAUGUAAAUAAACAUCUAUUUCAAAUGUACCCAAUGUGAUAAAAAGCAUAGUCUAGGGCCCAGUGCAUGAGCCGGGGAGAAUUUAUUUGUUCUUUUCUCUGUUUUUCCUUGAAUUGUGCAACUAUAGGUGAGUCACUUAACCUUUCUGUGCCUCAGUUUCUCUACCUCUAAACGGUGGGAUGGGUCUCCAAAUCUGUGUUAGAGCACUCACAUGUUUAGUUUGUGCUGGUAGCCUCAGACCAGAGCGCAUGUGCAGGACUCCUUUGGAGCGACGCACCAUGCAUCCUGUCUGCUCAGGACCAUGCUGUAGACACACAGCUUCGAGCACUGAGUAAGCAAAGGAAGCACUGGAUGUAAAGUUUGCAUGAUUCCAUGAAGCUUUAAUUUUCCUUUUUUUGUUUUAAAAGGCAGGGUUUUAUAUUUUCUGUUGUAAAAUAUGGAAAUUAAGCAGAGACUUUAAAAACCUGCACUGAGAGAUCACAUUCUGAUGGUGUGAUGAGCUUCUCUGACAUUCUGCAAAGGUUUAUGUUCUGCAGAAGAAUCAAUGACUUGUGAACCAGAUUGAUUCUGUCGGCGUUGAAUUUGUAAUGAAUGAUGCUGAACUUCCUGCUUCUAAGCGGCUCAAUCCUGACCAUGAACUACCUGACACCAGGUAAAUGUCAGGAACUCCCAAACCACUAGUGCCAAAGGGUCACAUUGAAAAGUACAGGAUAUUUAUUUUAUUUGUCAGACUAUAAUAAUUUGCUCCCCCCUGCCAUGUCAGUGUUUUGCAGUUUGGAAAAAUUUAAGGGUACUGUUUUUCAGUAGCAUUCCUGAGUGUUUUUGCCUUUUUAAAUGAUAACUAUUACUUUCUUGUAAAAUGGAAUAUAAUUGUGAAAGAGAGGAAGAAGACUAGAUAAAAAAAUGUAAAAUGUUGAUUGGUUGCAUAAAAUUUUUUUCAUGUAAAUGUAUCAGGGAAGCUUCCAAUUAGCACACACACCCAUUUGUCAAUGACUAAGACUUGCUUAUAUUUUGCUUUAUAGAAGUAGUCAUAGCAUGUUGUAAUUGCCUUAUGUAAAUAAAAAUGCUAUUUAUUAAGUUUUCCAA